AGCUGUGGAUAGAAGAUUUCAACCCGAAAAGAAGCUAGCUAAAAGGGAAGAGACCAAAAAGCAAGUCGAUGGAGCACAGUCACAUCUUCGACAGUGUCUUUGACAACAGCACAGAGCUGUCCCGCGAUUGUGCUCUGGGUCUCCUGCCUGUCAUCUACUACAGUGCUCUACUUUGCCUUGGACUGCCAGCCAACAUCCUAACAGUCAUCAUCCUCUCCCAGCUGGUGUCUCGGCGGCAGAAGUCCUCCUACAACUACCUGCUGGCCCUGGCGGCCGCGGACAUCCUGGUGCUCUUCCUCAUUGUCUUCGUCGACUUCCUCCUGGAGGACUUUGUGCUGAGACAUCCCCUGCCGCCCACCCUGGAUAAGGUCAUGCAGAUAUUGGAGUUUUCCUCCAUCCACACCUCCAUCUGGAUCACUGUUCCCCUCACAAUCGACCGCUACAUUGCCGUGUGCCAUCCACUCAAAUACCAUACAGUCUCCUACCCGGCCCGUACGCGCAAGGUCAUUGUCACUGUCUACUUCACCUGUCUGCUCACCAGUGUCCCUUACUUCUGGUGGCCGGACUUGUGGCAGGAGAAAUACAACAGUACCUCUGUGCACCAGAUCCUCGUGUGGGCUCACUGCGUGACUGUCUACCUGGUGCCCUGCUCCAUCUUCUUCGUGCUGAACUCCAUCAUCAUCCACAAGCUCCAGCGCCGCCGAAGCUGCUUCCGCCUGAGAGGGUACUCCACGGGCAAGACCACAGCCAUUCUCCUCACCAUCACUACUAUCUUCGCCAUCCUGUGGGCCCCCCGGGUGGUCAUGAUCCUCUAUCACCUUUACGUGUCGCCCAUCGGCAAUCCCCGCCUGGUCCACCUGGUCACGGACGUGGCCAACAUGCUGGCCCUACUCAACACCGGCAUCAACUUCUUCCUAUACUGCUUCAUCAGCAAGCGUUUUCGCGGCAUGGCGGCUGCCAUGCUGAGGGCCUUCUUCCGUUGCCAGAAGCAGCCCAACCAGUUCUAUACCAACCACAACUUCUCCAUCACCAGCAGCCCCUGGAUCUCCCCUGCUAACUCCCACUGCAUCAAGAUGCUGGUGUACCAGUACGAUAAGAACGGCAAACCAGUGCGCAUCUCCUCAUGAAGAGAG